AUGUUGUAUCCUAGAGAGGAUAAAGAGACACAGAAGCUUCUCUUUGAGUGUCGUACGUGUCCGUAUGUGGAGGAAGCGGGGACUCCAUUGGUGUAUCGUCACGAAUUGAAAACGAACAUUGGUGAGACUGCUGGUGUUGUGCAGGAUAUAGGAUCGGACCCCACACUACCGCGGUCUGAUAAGGAGUGCCCGAAGUGCCAUUCGCGGGAGAAUGUGUUUUUCCAGUCUCAACAGAGAAGAAAGGAUACUAGUAUGGUGUUGUUUUACGUUUGUCUCCAGUGCUCGCAUAUUUUCACCUCUGAUAAAAAGAACAAGAGAACAGCCUUUUCUUAA